CCGAAUCAGAAGAUGAGCUCCUGUUCCUCAAGCUCAUGUUGAACCUCAUUGGAGCAAUGCAGGAGGCCGAGGACAGAGAGGUCCACGAUUGUAAGAAUGAUGUGGCUAACAAACGGCAGGAAGGUAAACCCAACAAUACGACACCAUAUACAACUCCGUCCCCCUCCUCAAACUGUGAGCCUUCUGCUACAGAUCAACCUGGAUAUGCUGAUCAGAAAUGCAAAUUACCACUGCCAAUUGCACAUAUCAUAGGCAAAGGUGGAGAUCUGGAUGUGAAAUGGGAGUAUUCCAGAAGGAGCGAAGCCAUUAGUGAGCACAUGGGAUUCGAGAAUGGGUCCCUUGUUAUCCGUGUGACCGGCUUUUAUUACGUCUACUCCCAGGUGGCUUUCGUAGGGGCAAACUGCACUGAGGACUCGCUGGUCUUGGAAAGCAAAUUCCUCUCCAAGGCUCCCAACUACGGUAUGAAUCCUGUGGAACUCAUGGAGGUCACCGAGUCAGUCUGCGAGAGCACCAAAGCCAAGCUGAAGUGGCACCGCUCGCUGCGCCAGGGGGGAGUCUUCCACUUCGAGGAGAACACUCACCUUUUCGUGAAGAUCAGCCCCAGGGACAAGGCCGAGAUGGAGCAUCACAAGACCUACUUUGGCGCUUUCAAACUCCAGUGA